AUGACUGCUAAGCAAAAUGUUUCCCCGCCGCCCCUCCUCUCCGAGAAACACAACGGGAUUCCAGAAAGAUUGCUUGAUCGGGCCCAGAAAGCUAAAACUGGGAUUUUUGAAAUCGCUACUAAGCCUCAGAGCAACCGGACACAGAUAGCAUUGCCUCAGGGUGUCAGUAGCUCUGCAUUUCAUCAGGCAAUCAAAGACCUUCGGGGCCAAAUUGGUCAAGAGAAUGUUGAAUUGGUAACAAAACUGGUUGACGGGUGGUACAUCGAGAAUCCAAACACUCAUGAUGGAAUGCAUGUGGCGGAAGAAGAUGACCUCGUUGCCUCUGCUGUAGCCUAUCCUAGUAGUACAGCAGAGGUACAGACAAUUGUUCGAUGGGCGAAUGAGCAUCAAAUCCCAAUUUCACCAAUCUCGAUUGGUCGGAACUACGGCUACGGCGGUGCGGCCCCUCGAGUCCGCGGUGCAGUCGUGAUCGAUCUUGGAAGGCGAAUGAACCGAAUUCUCGACAUAAACCCCGACGACUGCACAUGUCUUGUAGAGCCGGGUGUCACAUACUUUGCGUUGUAUGAAGAGAUCCAAGCGCGUGGAUACAAACAUCUUUGGAUCGAUGUCCCCGAUAUUGGAGGUGGAUCCGUGUUGGGAAAUGCCGUCGACCGUGGUGUCGGUUAUACGCCUUACGGAGAUCACUGGGGAAUGCAUUCUGGCAUGGAAGUUGUUCUUCCGACUGGCGAGGUAAUCAGGACUGGCAUGGGAGCUCUGCCGGGAAACAACAGUUGGCAAUUAUUCGCUCCUGGCUUUGGACCUACUCCAGAUGGCCUGUUUUCUCAGUCAAAUUUGGGAAUCGUGACAAAGAUGGGAUUUGGUUUGAUGCCCAAUCCUGGGGGCCAUGAAGCCUAUCUCUAUACAUUUCCCAAGGAAGAAGACCUAACCCAGCUGAUUGAAAUCAUUCGCCCCCUGCGUAUCGCCAUGAUCCUCGAAAAUGUUGCUCAGCUUCGGCAUGUCAGUCUCCAGGUUGGCCUUGAGGGAAAGCCGCGAAGCCAUUACUACAACGGCAAAGGUCGCGUCCCUGAUAAAAUUAUCCACGAUGUCGCCAAGAAACUUUCCCACGGUGACUGCGCAUGGCUGUAUUAUGGCAUGUCUUAUGGUCCGCCAGAAAUUCGCAAGUACAAGCUGGAUAUUAUCGAAAAGGAAUUCAUGAAGAUCCCCGGUGCCCGUCGUAUCGACCCAUCCACUCUCCCCGCAGAUGACUAUUUCUGGGCGCGUGACCGUGUCGCGUCAGGAGUUCCUGAGAUCGAAGAGCUGCGUUGGGUCAACUGGCACGCAAACGGUGGACAUGUAGCCUUUAGUCCCGUCUCACCUGUCCGAGGGGAAGAUGCAACGGCCCUGUGGGAUAUCGCGCGUCGGCGUUGUGAAGAGUUUGACCUGGACUUAUUCCCAACAUUCGUUGUGGGGUUGCGUGAAAUGCAUCUGAUUGUUGAAAUCGUCUUCAACCGAGACGAUCCAGUUAUGCGAAGCAAUGCACGAGCGAGUCUUCGAGCUAUGAUUGAUGAUGCGGCGAAGAAGGGAUAUGGCGAGUAUCGUACACAUCUUGCAUUCAUGGAUCAAAUUGCUGGCACCUAUAAUUGGAAUGAUGGGGCUCUUUUGAAGUUCAACGAGAAAAUCAAGGACUGUUUGGAUCCGAAUGGUAUCAUGGCCCCUGGAAAAUCGGGCGUUUGGCCAGCUCGGUAUCGCGGACGCGGUUGGGAGAUGAGUGCGAAGAACGAAGCUUCUGAGGGUAAUGGUGUGAGCCCUGGCGCUGGAUCUUUGAAAAUUUGA